CUUUAACUCUACCUCACCAAUCCAUUGUCGGCGGGUCUUGCUUUGAAAAUCCAAACAAUGAUGCUAACUUUUUUUCUUUGGACAAAGUUUCUUGUAAGUCUGGUCUUCGGGUUCUUCGAUGAUCACAAAGCCGCCACUGAGCACUCUUAUGCUUAUUUAAAUCCUACCCAGCUUUCCCUUUGAUGAGUCUCAGCUCACCCCUUUGCAGAAUUCUUUGCCUUUAUUUUUCAAAGCUCUUCUUAUUGCAGUUGCCAAAAGCUCACUUCUUACAGAAAACACAUCUGCAAUCUUUCUCUAAUUUGAUUUAGGGGGGCAAAUCAAAUUCAAAUCUCUGCUCACUGAGAGAUAGAAGGGAUGGGUGGUGCUUAUUCGAUGCUUACUCAGUACGAUAUCGAAGAAGUUCAAGAAUACUGCGACAAUUUAUUCUCUCAGCAAGAAAUAGUAUCGCUAUACGAAAGGUUCUGUCAGCUCGAUCGGAAUUCUAAGGGUUUCAUUUCUGCAGAUGAGUUCUUAUCCGUGCCUGAAUUCGCCAUGGAUCCCCUUUCUCAGAGACUGCUUAAGAUGGUGGACAGUUUGAAUUUCAAGGACUUUGUUGCCUUCUUGUCAGCUUUCAGUUCUAAAGCAAGCAUUAAACAGAAAAUUGAACUUAUCUUCAAAGUAUAUGAUCUAGAUGGCAAUGGCAAGGUGACUUUCAAUGACAUAUUAGAGGUCUUGCGGGAUUUGACGGGUUCGUAUAUGUCUGAGGAGCAAAGAGAGGAAGUAGUGAGCCAUUUAUUGGAGGAAGCUGGUUACAGAAGGACUUCUUCUUUAUUGUUGGAUGAUUUCAUUAAGAUUCUUGAUUAUCCUGGACUAAAGAUGGAGGUUGAAGUUCCUGUCGAAUAACUCAUCUCAAAGAAGCUCUGCCUCACUUUUAUUCAGGAUGAGUUAACCCAGAGAGGAGACUCAAUGACACACUAGUAACCUGGCUUGAAGUCAAGCAGAAGAAUCAAAUGUCUAUAAUCUCCUCUUUUUUUCUUUUCUGUUUUUUCUUCUUCCCCUGAACAGUAAGAAUCACCAAUUCAUGUAUCACAGGGAAAUAAGAUUCAGAUUUUUUUUUCUUUGUAAAUUUUCCUUAGUAUAUCUAUCCAUUUGUCUUACUGUUGCUUCUCUGAAACGUAUUUUAGCUAAUCCAUCUUAUCUUUGUAAUCAAAUUCUUAGUAGAGGUAUAUAGAUUAUGAGGCCAUUGCUCUUGUCAA